GUGACACGCGUCGAUAGUCCAUUGGAGUAGGAGAAUCGGGUGCCUUCUGUUCCUUCGUCUGGAUAGUAACAGUAUAAAUUGAUAACUCGUUGAAGAUUGAUAGUUCACGCCGAUUGUCUUCUCCGGCAGGAAAUGAGUAGCGCUGGCAGUUUUUGCGUUUUAACCUCCACUGAAUUGCUGAGGUGUUCCCCGAAGCCGGAGAUUGGUGUCAAUUUGGUAUCUGCUUCGAGGUUUUUGCGUUUGCCGCCUUCUUCAGAUGCCUUUUCAUUUGGCGAAAGCUUCAAUUUAGAUUCCUUCAAGCGAGCACGUUUUUCGGCGGCGUUAGCUGUGGCUACUCCGAUUUCGAUGAAAGUCAAGGCGUCCUCCGCCACUGGUGUGCCAAUGCAUGAAUUAGAAGCCUCAUCUACGGGAGCAGUUGGUGCUAAUGACCUGUUGAUUGUUGGGCCGGGUGUUCUGGGACGUAUGGUGGCAGAAAAAUGGCUAGAGGAACACCCGGGAUCUCAAGUUCGUGGGCAGACAAGAACAGCCGAUCAUCAUCAUGAGUUGAUAGAUAUGGGGAUCACUCCCCGUCUUAAAGAAGAACAACCAACUGCUAAGUUCCCAUAUGUCAUGUUCUGUGCUCCUCCGUCUGGAAAUCCAGAUUACCCUGGUGAAGUCAGGGAAGCAACUUUAAAUUGGAACGGCAAGGGUUCCUUCCUCUUUACUUCUAGCUCAGCUCCGUACGACUGCACUGACAAUGGACCUUGUGAUGAGGACACUCCAGAUAUGCCUUUAGGUAAGAGCCCCAGAGUCGAUACUCUGCUUCAAGCAGAGAAAGUGGUGCUGGAUGCUGGCGGUUGUGUUCUUAGAUUAGCCGGGCUAUACCUAUCAAAUAGAGGCCCCCAUUCAUUCUGGUUGCAGAAAGGAACUUCCGAUCUUCGGCCGGAUCACAUCAUUAAUCUAAUACAUUAUGAGGAUGCAGCUUCCCUUUCGAUCGCAAUCUUGAAAAAGAAUCUUCGCAGCAGAACCUUCCUCGGCUGCGAUAACAACCCUCUAACCAGGCAAGAGCUGAUGGAAUUGGCGAAUAAGAGUGGAAAGUAUAGUAAGAAGUUCGAGGGCUUCACAGGAACAUCAGACCCUUUAGGUAAAAGACUAAACAACUCAAAAACUCGAGAUGAACUGGGAUGGGAACCAAAAUACCCCAGUUUUGCCCGGUUCCUUGAGAUCAUCUGAUUCACCAUUGAUGAGAGGUAUGGAUCCUUCUCUUUAAAUGCAUAUGAUUAUAUAAUUGUAGAUGAAAUACUACAACAACACAAGCAUUGGUCAUAUCCGAAAGAUUCGAAUAAAAUGUUACAACAUAAAAACCAA